UCUGAACUUUGCCAGUGUUUGACGUUGUCAGGGUCAAGUGUCUACAGAACCGUGGACAGGAGAGAGGAUGACAGAGAUAGGGACCGCUCGCCGCUCAGAGCCGAGGAACGCUGCGAUACAGAUGAUUGCGAUCAGUCAGAUGCAAGGAAACAGAAGUUGGUGUUUGGCUUUGGGAAAAAGACAAGUGGCAACGAGCAGAAGAAGGGAAUUCAAAUUAAAUUAGGUUCCGUCUCCAAGUCGACUGUGAAGGCAACGACAGUACAAAAACCGACGGUAGCCUCGGUGUUCAAUGCGGACGAGGAUGACGAACCAGAGGAGAUGCCAGCAGAAGCGAGGAUGAGGAUGCGAAAUAUUGGGCGUGAAACACCAACAUCAGCUGGACCAAAUUCAUUCGGCAAGACAAAGCAGGGAUUCUGCGACUCAAAAAAGAUAUUCGAGAAGACGCUAAAGAAAGCAAUGGAGGAAGCAAACAAAUGAUUUUACAUAUAUGUGUAUAUUGAAAAAUUAUUACUUUUAACUUGUACAUUAAUUUUAAAUAUUUACUAGAAACUUUGUUCUUGCUGAAGUUUAAUGCAAGUAUUUUUAUGACAUGUAAUUAAUUCAUUGGCAGAAUUCAGAUUUAAAAUUUCGACUCAACCUACAGAAUGUUAGAUGAUAUGUGCAAAAUCAUGUAUGAUAAAUCUAUAUCUAUAAAGUACUCACGCUCCACGAGCCUGACGAUUCCGAGUUUUUCCAUGUAAUAGUGACUUAUUAUUCUGCAUUACAAUAAAACAUUACAUAUAUUUUACCCAUCUCUCCCUCGAAAUAAUAAAAAUGAUGUUGAUCUGUA